UACAUUUUCUUUGUUUUAAGAUAAGGUUGUUGUGGUAUUCAAACUCAAUGUUCUUUUGAUACUUCCCAACAAUUGAAAUUCUCAAACGUUGGAGAAAAUAUUAAAUUUCAAUUUGAAAUUCAUCAUUUAUUCAAUUUGAAAGACAAUAUUUUCUCAAACGUUUCUCAAAGGCUAUUUCUCAAAUUUGUUUCCAUCGUUUUACAAUUUGAUAAAAAUCAUUUUCUCAAAUAUGUGGCAUGCCGUUUCAUUCCGUUCAAUAAUCAAUCAAUCAUCUGUCAAAAAGUAUUCAUAAUUAAAAAAACGUUAUCGUGAUUUGCAGCAAUUUUGAAGAAUAAAAGUGAAAGGAAGUAUAAUAUUAUAAAUAUUUGUUAUAAUUGUGAUAUUUCGAAUAGAAAAUGCAUACUACAAAGAAAAUAAAAAGUGAAGUGAGGCAGAUAUUUGACUUGCUCACAGAGAGUGAUGGAGUAGGGAAAAAUAAAAGCCUGGAGAUCCCAGGUGUAGAUGCGGCUAUGAAGAAAAGUCCUUCUACUUCUAAUACGGUGGAAUAUGAGUUUAGUGAUAUAGAAAGUGAAGAUUCCGUAUAUGAGGAAUCCAACCUAAACGUGACAAACACUUCAGUUAGGAAAGAGCUAGCGGAGUGGGCGGUCAAAUUUAAUAUUUCCACCGUUGCAACUAGUAGUCUGUUAGGAAUUCUACAAAAAUAUAUUAGAGAUAUUCCAAAGGAUGCACGAACUUUAAAGUGUACUCCUAAGAUUCCACCCAUAGAGAAAAUGGGAACAGGAGAGUAUAUUCACUACGGCAUAGAAGACUCUCUGACAGAUUUUUUAUUGAGGAAAUCAUUUGAUUUCACCGAAAUUCACCUCAACAUUAAUAUUGAUGGCCUUCCACUUGCAAAAAGUUCUAAUUUGCAAGCUUGGCCUAUUUUAAUAAAUGUAAAUGGGGAACCAGUUGUCAUGGUUGUGGGAGCAUAUUGCGAAAAUAGUAAGGCACUCUGCCCGAACAUCUUCUUGCAACGAUUUGUGGAUGAGUUGUUGUACUUAUUAGAACAUGGUUUAAACUUCAAUGGUAAACAUUUUUCAAUUUAUUGUCGGUCUUUUAUUUGUGAUGCCCCAGCAAGAUCCUAUGUAUUGGGUGUUAAAGGACACACUGGCUUUUUUUGUUGCAUAAAAUGCACUCAAAAAGGCGAAUCUGUUGGACAUCGGAUAAUUUUCCGUAGUGAAAUCUAUCCUAAUAGAACAGUUGCAGAUUUUCGCUCACGAAGUAAUGUAAAUCAUCAUAAAAUAUUGAACCAAAUAGCUAUUGAAAAGUUACCAAUCGACAUUGUGAAGUCAUUGCCAUAUGACUAUAUGUAUGUGGUGUGUUUAGGUGUCAUGAAAAGCUUACUUCUUGGCUGGAUUAGGCACAAAAAUAGAUUGUAUUCUUUAAAACCAGACCAAAUUAAUUCAUUAAAUUCUAAAAUACUCUUUUUAAGUAAUCAGGUUCCCAAAGAAUUUGCUCGACAUCCACGUACCCUACAAGAAAUUGAGAGGUUUAAGGCUACAGAACUAAGGCAGUUUCUAUUAUAUACCGGAAUUGUUUUACUAGCUGAUAUUUUAGACGCUGAAAGGUACAAUCACUUUUUGCUACUUAGUUUGGGUAUGCGAAUUUUAUUAAAUGAAACCUCUUGCAUCGAAAAUAAUGAGUGUGCGAAAAUUCGUUUAAGUGAAUUCGUCAAAAACAUUUCUAGACUUUAUGACGAUUCAUUCUUAACUUUUAACUUCCACUGUCUUACUCAUUUACAUUCUGAUGCAUUAAAUUAUGGAGGAUUAGAAUCUAUUAGCGCAUUUAAGUUCGAGACCUUUUUGUUCAAGCUUAAACAUAAAUGUAAUAGUAAAUCUCAUAUUGCUGCCCAAAUUUAUAAUCGUUUAGUUGAGGAAAGUUUGUUCAGUAAUGAUAAUUUUGAGGUUGCAAAUGUAAAGCAAAAUCAGCCAAUGAAAUACCAAUUUAUCCUUAAAAAUGCCAGAUAAUAUUUACAACAUAAAAAAUAAGAUUUUUAAAGUCAUAAAUUUUUCACAGGAAAAUGGUGUAUCAAAAAUUUCAUUCGUGGAAGUUAUCAAUUUGAAUGACUUUUUUAUUACACCAAUAAAAUCAUCAAACUUUAAUAUAAGAUAUUGGCUCUGCUUUACAAUUUUCAAGUUACGUCUAUCAGCAUUUAGCGGAAGAAAUAUCACAAAAAAUGAUCUUGCUUAGUAAUUUUGAAUGUAGUCAAUAUGUAUUUAUUCCUCUUAUUCACAAUUAGAUGGAUUUCAAUAGCUCGUUUAUAUCGAUUGGAUGUGAGCAAACCACUAAAUCAAAUUUUGACGACUUAAGUAACAAACUGGAUAGUCUGGAUAAGAAGGUAGAAGAUUUGUUAAAAGAACAUCAUACAACUCAAAAGCUUCUGAAGAGAGUGUUGGAAGAAGUUAAAUCGACCUCACAUAAUGCUACAAAAAAAAAGAAAUAAAGUUUUGCCACAAAAACCUUUUGCAGAAGCCCAUGAUUUCGCUACUUUUGAAGACAAAAUUCAAUCUUCCGAAACAAAAUUUAACGAUUUGGUGGCUGAAUUGCAAAUGAUAAUUGCAUCCAAUUCGGACAAAUUUGUUAAAAUGGCUUGGCGAAAAGUUUUUACGGACGAUGUUGCCCAGAUAUACUCCUGGAAAGGAACGAAGACGAAAAAACCGAAAAGAGCACUUAGUGUGACGACAGCAUUAAGACAGGCAUACCAUCAAAAAUUCCCUACCGCUGCCACGGAUAUGGAAUUCGAGCGGACUACAUUGAAUUUUUUCCAACACGCCAGCAACAGAUUAAAAAAAAGAAUUGAAUACGAAAACAAAAAGAAUAUGUCAUCGGUAGUCGUAGAUUAAUUAGUUCUUAUAUUAUUGUGCGACAAUUUUAAAUUUAAUUUUGUAAGUUGUAAUUGGAUUAUUCUUAAGUUUUGCACUGAAAUUAACUAUUUCGUUUGUGCCCUUAUCUUAAGAAUGUACAUUAUUUUCGUUAAUUUAAAUUAAAAAAUGAAUUUUUGUUACGUUACCAUGUUAUUUAUUGUUUAAUAAAAUUUAUGUAUAUAUGUAUAUGUACUGCGUACAAUAUACCUCUAUAAAUUUUUAU